UGGUACUGAACGCGGCCAUGUCACAAAUUGUCAACAACGACGAAAUCGAGAAAGCAAGCGACGCGGUUAUUCUCUUGUUGUAAAAAAUACUAAGGGUUGUUCAAAUUAUACGUAGUUGUUAAUUUUUAUAGAAGGUUCGUUAGUAAAUGUAUAAUAUUUGUGGUUAAUUUAUAAUUCACUAAAAACAGAACAUGGCUGGUAAAGGUAAAAAAGCUGUUGCUCCUAAGAAGACUGCUAAUGGAUAUAAAAUGCCAGCUCCUAUCCCCACGGGGGAGGUUAUCCACGAUACAAUAGCAAAGAAGAAGUGGCGGAUAGGUCCUUCGAUUGGUGUAGGUGGCUUCGGAGAAAUAUACUCAGCAUGUGACCAUGAGGGGUCACCUAAGAAAGGAAAUAACUAUCCUUUUGUAGUUAAAAUAGAACCACAUGAGAAUGGUCCAUUAUUUGUAGAGAAGCAUUUUUACAUAAGAAAUGCAAACAAAGAAGACAUUGCAAACUUCACGAAGACUAAGAAACUUAGUAGUUUUGGAAUGCCUUCCUACUAUGGGAACGGAUCUCAUGAAUACAAGGGAGAGAAGUACAGAUAUUUGGUAUUAGAAAGAUAUGGCAAAGAUGUCUGGAGCCUGUUUAAGGAAUGUGGAAGAUUUUUCUCACCUGCAACUGUGUUCCAAUUAGGAUUGCAAAUGUUAGAUGUUCUCGAGUACAUACAUGGUCGAGGUUAUGUGCAUGCAGACAUCAAGGGAGCCAACAUCCUCAUGGGUCUGCGCAAAGGCACAGAAAAUCAAGCAUAUCUUGUAGAUUUCGGUCUGGCCACUCGUGUCAAUGACAAGGAGUUCAAACCUGACCCAAAGUCUGCACAUAAUGGAACUAUUGAGUACACCAGCAGGGAUGCUCACUUGGGAGUUCCCACCAUGAGAGGAGAUUUAGAAAUCUUAGGAUACAACAUGUUACAAUGGCUCAUUGGUGAACUGCCUUGGGAGAAGAAUCUUAAACAACCAAAGAUAGUGCAGGAUAUGAAGGAAUCUUUCAUGAAAAAUGUCAGAAGUAAUAUUACCAAACAAUUCAACAAUGUACCUGAAGCUUUGAUAAAAUUUUUGGAGUACAUGAACAAAUUGAAGCCAAAAGACGUUCCUGAUUACACAAAGUGUCGCACAUUGUUUGAUAGCUACCUCAAGAGUGAAGGUAAGACUAGAACCAGUAAAUUAGUUUUCUCGCCAGGCAAGAAAGGAAAACCUAUUAAACCUGCCAACCUCAAUGACAAGGAUGCCGAUUCACAAGAUGAAAUAGAUGGUACCAAAAAGAGGAAAGUAAAUGGCGAAGCACCAAAACUUGUUAAAAGAGGUAGAAAACCGAAAGUUGAUGUACCAGCUCCGGAAAUAGAGAACUGUGAGAAUGAGGAACCCGAUAUUGAAGAAGUUAAACCUGUUAAAAAGCAAACCAAAAGGAAAUCAACAGAGCCUGCUGUUGUUGUGAAAGUGAAAAAGACCAAAUUGGCACCCAAAGCCACACCACCCGCUAAAAAGAACCAUACGAACAUAGCUACACAAACAUCCGUUGAAAGACCGAAACGCAGCCCUAGGCAAGUUUCGUUCGAUAGUCCUAUCUGUGAAAUCAUCGGAGAGAAGAAACGUCAAAAACUAUCAAAAGACACUGAAUCAGCUAACUCGAGUGGGGACAUAUUCGAAGAUUCAUUCACUAUAGAAGAGAAAAAAAUCAAACCAAAGAAAAGACUGCUCUCUGAUGAGGAGGUAACAGUGAAACGAAUCGUCAAGAAGAAAACGACGACUGUAAAACCAAAGGGCAGGUCUUGGAAAGACAGCGCUACCAUUGUAAACGGUCGGUCACCACCCAAGUGACGAAAGUAAUUUCUAGUAGCCAGACUGGAGUAUAAAGACUGGUUUGAAACUGCAUAAACGUAAAAGUGAUUGAAUCAGUAACAUGUCAUAUUAUUGUUGAUCAAAUCAUAUUUGAAGUCUUGAAAGUAAUUAAUUCCCUAUAAUAUAUUACAAUGUAUGUCAAACAUAUGUAAGCAUUUGCUGAAUUUUUCACAAUGAACUUUAUAAUAGUUUGAUUGAAAAGUGAAGGAAAUGUAUAAGGCCCAUUCAUAGACGUCAAAAAAAAGUUUGGCUGCAUUAUGCUAUGGGUUAUCCGAAUUAGUCCCAUGUAUGUUCAGCGAUUUUUUGUAGUUUAGGAGCUAGAAAUAUUUUUUGUUUUUUUUCCGUACUUUUCACCUUGCAUUGGGUUUCCUUUUUUAUGUUUUUUUCCGAAAGAUUUCAGAUAUUCUUUUUUCUGUAAUUAAUUAUCAUGAUAUUAGCUAACACCUAAAAUGAAGCGGUUUGGUUAAGCAUUGCAGAACUUACGUAAAAUUUUAUCUGAAGUACAAAAUUACUGUUGGAGUUCAGUAGUCAAAAAUGUUAGGGCUUCAAAAAUAAUAAGUAAUUGGUGCCAGAGGUUUCAAAUCUAAGCGUUCUUAAAAACUGCUCAGAACCUUUAACAAACAAAAUAUCAUUCAUAAAAACCAGAGACCAAUAAUUGUAUUUUUUAAAGAUUAUGGAUUUCAUUGCGUUCAUAUUAUUUUUAGUUGUAAUUGACGGAG